AUGGCAUCCAUGGCAACAGACACUAAGACGCGAAUCUUUGAGACGGAUCUAAACAAAGAAACCCGAGUCGACAAGCGAAUCCAACGCCUGUUCCCAAUCGGAAACGGCUGGGGAAGAAACCUGUCAAUGAUCUCCCAAGCAUACGGGGCCCAGGCCCGUGUACCUUUGAACAAAGAGAAAAGAGAACCCAUCAUAUGCAACUCCCAGCCCAUCGCGGCUUAA